UGGCCAAGUUAUUCCUUCUGAAAAGCGCGUUAUAGUAUUGUUUUAAAUUUUAAAGGAAAAGAUGUAAAAUAAUGUUCCUAGCGUUUACAGAUUUCUUAACAGAAGACCCGGAGAAAGAGCAGAAAACAUCGCAUUCUGGCAUAUGAAGCUUUCUUUGAAGAAAUUUUGGACAUUGUUGUUAGUCAUCACUCUGCCGUUUCAGCAAAGGUAUCUUACUUGAAAUCGGGAGCGAUUUCUCUUAUUUAUAUACCAAAGUCUUUUUUAUUAUAUUAAGAAGUUUAGAAGUGUAUUUUUUUAGAAGAAGUUUUAAAAAUAUCCUGUCUGUUGGAAUGUGGUUGAUUUAUGUGUCUCAUAUCGAACUUAAUGUGUGUGGUCAGUUCACCUCUGCUCAACCCUGAAACGUAUCUCCGUUGCUGGUACUUCUCUGGAAUAAUGUUGCUGCUAUCUCAGUUUUUCACUUGUGGGAGAAAUCAAGGGGGUUCGUUUUUCCUGUCCAUUCCCAAAAAUUUAAUAAAUUAUCAGUCAAGUGCGUAUGUUGGCAAGUGCAUUAAUUCUCUCUUUCUGUAUAAGUCUAAAAGACGAUACGCUAUAUUCGAUUUUAGUUGAGAGUAUCUAGCAUCUAUAAAAAUAUGUGAAGUUGUAUAUAAUGUCGUCUGCAUUGGAAGUCUAAAAGUAAAUAUAUAGCAGAAUCUUCUGGAGGAAAAUGUACAGAUUCAAUGGCAGUCCUCAUGUCGUUUUCUUCUUAUUAUUUUCAUGAAGGUAAACACCAGUACAAUGGAAAAAAAAAAAGGCUUAUUGUCUUGCUGUUUAUACCUCCCUCUCAUAGGCAAUGUAUAGUAUUCUAAAUGGAAUAUUCCUUCAGGUAGUCGUAUAAAUCUGAAGAUCUUUCAGGAAAGCAGUAUCGUGGACUGUCUAACCCGUAAUACUUCACGCUGAAGAAUUACAUGUAUUUUAGGUGUCCCAUUCAAAAUUCAUCCAUUAAUGGACUGCAAAAAAGUGCUUUAAGUAAUGAUGUAGUGCUUUUAUUUUGGAAGUUCCUAAAAUUAAUAUUCCAAGAAGAAAAUAAUCAGGAUUGCCUGUAAAAUUCAUUUACUGAGAAGAAAAUGCACUGAAAUGAGAAUGAGAAGAUUAUUUUCAAGAUUGGUAUGAAAGUAAACUGCACAUUGCCAUUCCGUCCUUUACGAGCAUUUUGCAGAAGAGUUGAUGCUAUGUUUUCCAAGUUCAUCAUACUUCCUGGGAUACUAAUCCGACAGCGCAGAAAUUGACAUUUUUUUUGUGUUUGAGUCACCGGAAAAGAUGCAUAGGAACAUUAUCCUGUAAUGGUGAUAAAAAGUAUUAUUUAAAUCCUGUAAAAGAGUGGAUUGCAACAUGAUUACGUUAUCUGAUGGCCAUUGUAGAAGUGAUUGCUCUUACCUAAAACAUGCAUUGCUCAUAGGUUCCUGCUAAGAAUAUAUAACUUCAACUUCAUAAACUAAACCACUAUUUUCAUUUUAAUUUGAGUAAGAGAAAUAAUUACUGCUCUUUUGAGAAUCAUGGCAUCAGGUAUAAAUUUAGAUAUUUUUAAAAUAUGGGGUGAUAAAGAGAGGUCUGAAUUUGUUGCAGUCUGUCAAAGUGCUCUUCAGAAAUUACAAAAUUCAAGUUUAGUAUUUGGCACUGAGAACAGUGACUUAAAUUAUAUUUUGUAUGAAAUGUGCAGUCAGUGUAUGCUGGGUAGCAUACCAGCUGAAUCUGUAGUCUCUGCUCUGAGUGAAAUACUUCAUCUUCAUAAUGAGAUACCUUCAUUAAUUGCAGAUAUCCUAGUUGUUUUAGAUACUGAGUCCCAAAGUAGUGAAUCACAUGGAUUGCGAGAACGCUAUUUCAACCUUCUUCGUUACUGCAACAAUAAAAUUGUUCCUGAAUUCAUACUUAAGGAACGUUUAGAAUUUGAUACAUUGGGUGAUGCAGGUAUCAUGAAGUUACUGAGAAACACCCAGACAAAAUUUAUUAAAACAAAAACUAGACUAUUUUACAAGCAACAGAAAUUCAAUUUGUAUCGUGAAGAAAUGGAAGGUUAUGCAAAACUUAUGACAGAAUUGGCUCCACAGACUGGGGAAGAACCAAAUGUUGAAUAUACAUUGGAAGUUAUGCAGUCACUAAUUGGUUGUUUUAAUUUAGAUCCAAACAGAGUUUUGGAUGUCAUAUUGGAAUCAUUUGAGUAUAAAACUAACCUUUCUUAUUUUUUUACUCAAUUGUUGCAUUCUUAUUUUAGUACAUCAGAGACUACAAGUCAAGUAAUUGGGUUCAAGUUUAGUUUUUAUCAACAAGGUGAUUCAAAAGAAACACCUUCAUCAUUGUAUCGGAUAACAGCUUUUCUUUUGAAAUCUGGUGUUAUGUCUCUUGGACAGUUGUAUGGAUUACUCAGGCCUGAUGACAGUAAAAUACUAGAAGAACAUAAGCAAGAGCUUACAAAUGCCCAGCUUUAUGUUAAGCAGUUAAAUUCCUUGUCAACAAAUCCUGCUGAACCUGUCAAAGAUUCUGUUAAAAAUGAAGGUAAUAGGCUUGAAAAUGAAGAUAAUCAGAAAUUGGGUCUAUGUGCUGCAUUAUUAGAUGUUGCAGAUUGGAAACAUGCUCAGCAACUUAUGAGUUAUUUUCCUGAAUUUUAUGCUACAUCACAUUUGUUUAUAGCUAAAAAGUUAUGCAUGUUGAUACAUGUACUUAUAGAUGAUUUUUAUAAGAAGCAUAAUUUGUAUCCUCAAAUUAGGCAGGGAAAGAAAUUUGAACUAGAAUCUGGAGUUAAAGUAAAACCAAUUGAAAGUUUUGCUGAAUUAUUUGAUACAGUAUUCAGUAUGGUGCUUUCUCUGGGCCCCUAUUUACACAUUGAUCCAGUUCUCAUGGCAAAGAUAAUUCGUCUCUCAAGGUACUGGAUUUGUUCAAAAUCUAGUGUUCCUGAUUAUGGAAUGGCAGCAAUUUCAAAUGUGAUUGAUCAGUCUCUUUUGCCAUCAUUAUCAUUACUGGAAUGCAAUUGUUGUAUGGCUGAAGAACUUUGGAGUUUAUUAAAACUUUUUUCAUAUCAAGCCAGGUACAUGUUUUAUUUCCAGUGGAAGACUACUGCAAAUGUUUCUCACCCUCCUUUGAUUAAAGUGAAGGCUGAUACAUUAAAAAGACUGAAAUAUAUUAUGAAACGAUUAAACAAAGAUAAUGUUAAGCCAUCUGGAAGGCAAAUUGGAAAAUUAAGUCACAGCAAUCCAGGUUACAUAUUUGAUUAUAUUUUAUCCCAGAUUCAGACAUGGGAUAAUUUAAUAAUGCCUGUUAUUGAUUCUUUAAAGUACUUAACAUCAUUGUCUUAUGAUGUUUUGGCUUUCUGUGUUAUUGAAGCCUUGGGAAAUUCUGAGAAAGACCGCAUGAAGCAUGAUGGAACAAGCAUAUCCAUUUGGUUACAAAGUCUGGCAAAUUUUGGAGGUGCUGUGUUUAAAAAGUAUCCCAUAGAUAUUUCUGGCCUUCUGCAACAUGUUGCUAAUCAGUUAAUAGCUGGUAAAAGUCUUGAUUUACUUAUUUUAAAAGAAGUUGUUCAGAAAAUGGCUGGAAUUGAGGCUUCAGAAGAAAUGACUGCUGAACAGUUGGAGGCAAUGACUGGUGGAGAAUUGUUGAGAUCAGAAGGAGGCUAUUUUAACCAACUGAGAAAUGUUAAGAAGUCAUCACAACGUUUAAAAGAAGCUCUGUUAGAUCAAGACCUUGCAAUUCCGCUAUGCCUGCUCAUGGCUCAACAAAGACAAUGUAUUUUAUUUCAUGAACAAGAGAAUAGCCACAUAAAACUUGUAGGGAAGUUAUAUGACCAAUGCCAAGAUACACUUGUGCAGUAUGGUAGUUUUCUAGCUUAUAGUUUAAAUAUGGAAGAUUAUGCAAAUAGAUUACCACCUGUUUCUGUUUUGUUGAAUGAAUAUUCUAUUCAACCAGAUGUUGCUUUUUAUCUUUCUAGACCAUCCUUAAAUCAUGCCAUAAGUUGCAAGUUUGAAGAACUCAAAAAACAAGACAAAGCACUGAAAAACAUAAGUAGCUCCCAAAGUGUGAAGAAGUAUAUAGAGGUUGUAGAUUCUGUCAUUAUGCCAAUUGUUCAGUCUGUAAAGUCCAAUCAAGCCCACAAAAAAACAUGGGAGGAUUUGAAUCCACAGUUUUAUGUAACAUUCUGGUCUCUGAGUAUGUAUGACCUUGUAGUUCCUUCUGGAAGUUACGAGCGUGAAGUAAAUAAAUUGAAAGUUAUUCUGCAAAGUGAAGAAAAUAAAGAUGCUGGUAAAAAGAAGAAGGAAAGGGAAAGAUGUGAUAAUUUGAUUAUGAAACUUGUAGAAGAAGAGAAAAUGCAACAAGAACAUUGUGUCCGUGUUAUGGCUCGGUUAAAGAGUGAGAAAGAUGACUGGUUUCAGUCUAAGGCAGCAAAAAAUGAAACCAUUACUCAGUUUUUGCAGCUGUGUUUAUUUCCCCGUUGUAUAUUUACACCAGUUGAUGCUGUAUAUUGUGCUAAAUUUGUCCAUCUCAUUCAUUGCUUAAAGACACCCAAUUUCUCUACUCUACUCUGCUAUGAUCGUGUUUUCUGUGAUAUAACUAACACAGUUGCAUCUUGUACAGAAAAUGAAGCAAAUAGGUAUGGAUUAUUGUUGUGCUCUAUGUUGGAGACUGUAAUGAGAUGGCAUAGUGACAAAGCUAUAUUUGAUAAAGAAUGUGCAAAUUUUCCUGGGUUCAUGACAAAGUUUAAAGUUGCUGCCCAGACUGGUGAUUCAUCUGUUGAUCAUGUUGAUUAUGAAAAUUAUCGCCAUGUAUGCCAUAAAUGGCAUUUUAAAAUAACGAAAGCUCUUUUGAAGUGCUUAGAUUCUGGAGAUUAUGUUCAGAUUCGUAACAGCCUUUUGGUUUUGCGAAAAAUUGCACCAUAUUUUCCUGUUAUUGUUAGUCUUGGCUUAGCAUUAGAACGACGUAUAGAAAAAAUUAAAGCUGAGGAAAAGGAUAAGCGACCUGACAUUUUUGCAUUAGCUACUGUCUAUUCUGGAAUUCUGAAAGUCAAGAAACCUUCUUUAAUCCAAGAGAGUGAAUUUCAUUUAAAGGAAACUAGUCGAGCAAAUGUUAAUACUGUCCCUAUUAAACCUGAAGCAAUAUCUAGAAUUGAGAAGAGGGAAAGUGAAAAUGUGCCUGAAUCUGUGAAAGAAAAAGUGUCUAAAACAGAUUCAAAAGCUGACUCAAAUCGACUAAAAGCAGGCUCUGUAGAAAAAUCAAAUUCUAUUCCAUCAAAUUCACAGAAUUCUGGAAAAAGAAGUGCACGGAAUGACACAGAAUUAAAUGGCAUUGAAAGCCGAAGCAAAAUUGCGCGAGUGAAAGAAGAAAAGAUUAACCUUGAGAACACAAGUCCAAUGAGACGGGAAGAUAAAUCUAAUCUGAAAAAUGAUAUUGACAAAAUUCCUAACUCUAAAGAUGAUAAACGAGAUCGUAGGGAGGAGAGGCAUGAGAAAUCUUUAAUUAGCGAGAGAGAGAGUGUAGAAUCUAGUAGAGAUUCUCACUCUCAUCGUCAUAAUUUAGAAGUGGUAGAGAUGGAAAGAGAGCAUAAAAGAAGACGAGUUGAAGGAACUUCUUCUAGAAGCCCACGUGAGCCAGUAGAAAGAGACUCUCGUAGUGUGGAUAAAUCAAAAGCAGAUGAAAGAAAUGGAGGACGAGAGAAAAUAUCUGUUGAGGUUAAAAGUCACAAAGAAGUGGAAGCUCCUCUAGAAAAAAUUAAAAUUAAAGAAAAGAAAACAAAUAGGAAAAGGGAAUACCCUGAUGAUGGUUCCUCUGAACUUCCAAGACGGAGAAGACCAAAAUCAGAGAAAGAUGAUGAGGAUUCUGGGAAGCGUAAUAUGGAAAAUGAUCGUGAACUUAAAUCACGGAGAGAAGACAAAUCACCUGUUGUGUAUACUGGCAGUACCGACAGACGUAUUGAUCGUGAGGAGAAAAAGCAUCAUCGCUCUAGUUCAGUAUCUGGAGUGAAGAAACGAUAGUGAAAACUCCAUUCCAGCCAUUAUUAUUGUCCAGAAUUACUUGAUAGACUUUGCACUGCAAAAUAUCUUGUUGCCUGUUGCAUUUUGUAUUUUAUGAAUUUCAUAUUGCAUAUUGAGUAUUAAACAAGUGUCAUGUGCAAAGAGUACUUGUGUGAGAUGUUUAUACUACCUAUUUUUCAUGAGAUUAAAACAAGGUGCUCAUAAAUGCGUAUUUUUCUAAAGAAUUAGAAAUUUAUGAACUGCAUCCAUCAUUUGUUUACAAUUUAAAUUUUAAUUUCAUUGAAAUGAAGUUACUCCAACAUUUUUAAAAGGAUAUUUAUUUAAAUAUUCAAAAGAUCAUAGAUCAGGUUUUAACUAAUGUUUCAUUUAAUAGUGUUUUUGGUGUUCUAUAUUUAAAACAAUUGAAUGUUUAAUUUAUUAUUUUUCAAAGUGAUGAUGUAAAGCUAAUAUUACAUAAAUUCAGCAAAGGAAGUAUACAUACUUAUGCAUCAGUAAAUAUUCCUUAUAUAUUGUUAUGUUAUGAUGAAAUGAAUUUGAACUCAUUUUAUCAAAGGUUUAGUACAGUAAAUGUUCUUUCAUAUUUCAUAGCAUGUAAAAUCGUUUGUAAGUUUUAAAAAUUGCAGUUUUGUAUUAUUAUUUGUUACAAAAAAAAUGUUAUAUUUGACAAUACAAGUAGUGCAUUUCCUUGAUAAUUGUGAAAUAUUUGAAAACAUUUUUUAAAUUUUGAAUAAAAUCAGAUAUUCUUGA